AUGGACAUUGCAUUGGAAGAAAAACCAUUUGAUACUGCACAUUCAUCCAUGCAGGAUAUAUCCCUGGAUGCUCGUUCAUCACUCGAUGUAGCCUUUACUCGACAGUUGUCUCGCACCUUUUCAAUCAAAGGCGCGACUGAUUCUCUUGCUGCUUCCGACACUGCUUUUGUGUCUGUCUUGCCAAGAGAUGUCGACCCUACUCGCUGUCAUCUGGCAUAUGGUCGUCAAGCCAUUCCCAAAUUGGUGAGCCAGCUUGAAGAUGGUAAAUUGCACUCUCGACAAAAGGCAUUAGUAUUUUUAGCAGAUUUAUGCCACAGUCCAGAAAACGUGGUUCAAAGUGUUGAUGCAGGAAUAGUAGACAGGCUUAUUCCAUUUUUAAGUCUUGAUGAUCUUACAUGUCGCCAAAAAGCAACAGAGAUACUAAGUACUAUUUCAGGACACGCAAUUGGGCGUGCUGAUAUAAUCCAUCAUGAAGCGUUAAAGUGUCUAAUGAAACUGGCAAGUUUUGACCAGUUUACCGAUCCAGAUGAUCUGGUUCGCAAACACACAUUUGAUGUUAUCUGCAGUGUGACGGCUCAAGAACAAGGCGUUCAAAGCACACUACAAUAUAGUUUUUUUGUGCCAAUAGUAGAACGACUAUCUGUUGAAAAUAUGGAGAUUCAGGUUUCAAUGCUAAACACAUGCUACAACUAUAUUCGGUUUGAAACAGAAAAUGAGAUUUCCAAAAUUGCUCUUGAAAAUCAUGCCAUGGAGCAAUUCACAAAUAUUGCAAGAAAAAGUCUUGUGGGUGAUAUAAAGGUUGCUGCGUGUCGCUGUAUCAUGAUGCUAAGUUUCUUUCACGAGGCUAAACGAUUGGCAACAGAAACCGAUACAGUUCUUGUUCUCAUUACACUUUUAAGCGAUCGAAGAUCGGAUGUGCGUGCAGCAGCAGCAGGAGCGUUAAUGAGUAUUACAAUCGACUGUGACGCAAAAAGAGUCAUGGUUCGAGAAAAUGCAUUGCCAAUUCUAAUCGAGCUGCUGUCUGAUACCAAUGAACUUGUUUUGCUGAAUGUCAUCAAGACUAUUACAAACUGUGCCGAAGACUAUAGAGGACGAUUCCAGUUGCAGCAUGGCAUUCAAAAGCUCGAAAAGUUGGUAGCAUCAGACUCGGUAGGUGUUGCAGAAGCUGCACAACAAGCAAUAGCAGUGAUUAUGUGGCGGCCAUGA